AUGACAACAGAGAAGAGUCUAGCCGCGGACGCCGACAAUUCGGAGCAGCAGCAAGCCAAGGAGGAGGAAGGAGCUGCUGAAACACAAAAGCAAGAGGCUUCCCUGGAGGAGGGGGCUCAGCAGACGUCGGAGGGACAGCCUGCGGCAGGGCAGAAGCAGAAGGCCUCCAACGGCGAUACGCCCACGCACGAGGAGCAGAGCAAGAAGGAACGCCGCACCUCCGAGGGCCGGGGUCUCUCCCGCCUCUUCUCAUCCUUUCUCAGGAGGCCCAAGUCUCAGGUGUCCGAAGCGGACAAAGACACUGAUGCUUCUAAAGAGGCGGGAGGGGACCGGAAAGACCCGGGAUUAGAAGCCAGCCCUGAUGAAGACAUCCUGGUGAAAGCCCCCAUUGCUGCUCCGGAGCCUGAGCUCAAAACCGACCCAUCGCUAGAUCUCCAUUCUUUAAGCAGUGCGGAAACACAGCCUGCGCAGGAGGAGAGGAGGGACGACCAGGAGCCGGAGAGCAGAGAGCUCGGGGACAAGGAAGGAGGGGGAGCGAAGGAAGAGUGCGCCAAGCCAGAGCCGAAACAAGAGGCUCCGGAGACCAAAGCCGACAAGGAUUUGAAAGCUGCCCAGAAAGCAGUAAAAAGGCACAGAAACAUGUACUGCAAAGUCGUCUUGCUGGAUGACACCAUUUUUGAGUGCGCCGUGGAUAAACACGCCAAGGGACAGGAUCUACUUAAAAAAGUCUGUGACCACCUCAAUCUCCUGGAAGAAGACUACUUCGGCUUGGCCAUAUGGGACACCCCGACCUCCAGGACGUGGCUGGAUCCUGCCAAAGAAAUAAAAAAACAGGUUCACGGAGGCCCCUGGGAUUUUACCUUCAAUGUCAAAUUUUAUCCGCCGGAUCCCGCGCAGCUGACAGAGGACAUAACCAGGUAUUACUUGUGUCUUCAGCUUAGACAAGACAUCAUUACGGGGCGGCUGCCCUGUUCCUUUGCGACUUUGGCUCUGCUGGGUUCCUACACGGUCCAGUCCGAGUUGGGAGACUACGAUCCCGAUCUACACGGCCCAGAUUAUAUCAGUGAAUUUAAAUUGGCACCGAACCAGACGAAAGAGUUGGAAGAGAAGGUUGUGGAGCUUCAUAAAACAUACAGAUCCAUGACUCCAGCCCAAGCAGACCUGGAAUUCCUUGAGAAUGCAAAAAAGCUGUCUAUGUAUGGAGUCGACCUUCACCAAGCCAAGGACUUGGAAGGAGUGGAUAUCACUCUGGGAGUCUGUUCCAGUGGCCUUCUUGUUUACAAAGAUAAACUGAGAAUCAACCGCUUCCCUUGGCCCAAGGUCCUGAAGAUUUCCUACAAACGCAGCAGCUUCUUUAUUAAGAUUCGGCCAGGGGAGCAAGAACAGUAUGAAAGUACAAUUGGGUUCAAGCUACCAAGUUACCGGGCGGCGAAGAAGCUGUGGAAAGUAUGUGUUGAACAUCACACGUUUUUCAGGCUGACUUCCACCGAGGCCAUCCCGAAGAGCAGGUUCCUGGCGCUGGGCUCCAAGUUCCGCUACAGCGGCCGGACGCAGGCGCAGACGAGGCAGGCGAGUGCCUUGAUCGACCGACCCGCUCCCCAGUUCGAGCGGACGGCAAGUAAGCGAGCCUCCAGGAGCCUCGACGGAGCAGUGGCCGUGAUAACCCCCGAGAGGAGUCCCCGUCCCACCUCUGCCCCGGCCAUCGCUCAGAGCCACGCUGCGGAGCCGGUCCCAGCUAAGGCUGACACCAGGGACGUGGUCGCUGCCUCUAAAGUAGAAAAAGAACCGGCAAAACCUGAUGUGAGAGGUCAAGAAAUCCCAGCGGAGAAAGCCAAGCCGGAGGCAGCCGAUGCGUCAAAGGUGAGGAAAACGCACAUUGAGGUCACAGUACCCACCACGAAUGGUGACCAGCCCCAGCAGCCUGCAGAAAAAGAGGAAGAACUGAUAAGAAUGAGGAAGAAGAGAUCAAAGAGGCUAGAUGGUGAAAACAUUUAUAUCAGGCAUAGCAAUUUAAUGUUGGAGGAUCUAGAUAAGACCCAAGAAGAAAUAAAGAAGCAUCACGCCAACAUCAGUGAGUUGAAGAAGAACUUUAUGGAGUCCGUCCCGGAGCCUCGGCCGAGUGAAUGGGACAAACGUUUGUCCACUCACUCCCCUUUCCGAACCCUCAACGUCAAUGGGCAGAUUCCCACGGGAGCGGAUGGACCACCGCUGGUGAAGACACAGACCGUCACCAUCUCUGAUGUCUCUAGCGCCGUCAAAAGCGAAAUUCCCACAAAAGAAGUCCCCAUCGUCCACACGGAGACAAAGACCAUCACCUACGAAGCUGCACAGACAGAUGGUGGCAACGGAGAUUUAGACCCUGGCAUCCUGCUGACUGCUCAGACCAUCACUUCGGAAACCACCAGCAGCACCACCACCACACAGAUCACAAAGACUGUAAAAGGUGGCAUUUCAGAGACGCGGAUUGAAAAGAGGAUUGUCAUCACAGGAGAUGCAGAUGUAGACCACGACCAGGUUCUAGCGCAGGCGAUAAAGGCGGCGAAGGAGCAGCACCCCGACAUGUCGGUCACCAAAGUGGUUGUGCACCAGGAGACCGAGAUCGCCGAGGAGUAG